UUCUCCGCGCCUCUAGCCAAGUGGACCUGAUCGAUGGCCCUCCAGACUUCAGCGCGAGCUGUGAUUUAUUAGCGCUGGCCCGGGCUCUGCUCCGCGCGCGCACACACACACACACACGCACACACGCGCGCACACACGCACACGCCUCGGGCGGGCGUCCCUCCCUCCCCUCCAGCUCCCCGGCGAACCCCACAGCUGUUUCAACUCUCCGCCCGCCGAGUGCGCGUCUGGGUCCCGGCGGGGGUGCGCGCUCGGCGCCGGGAGCGCGGCCAGCCGGGUCCCGAGGCGCCCGGAGACCGAGAGCCGCCCGGACCCCCCGCGCGCUUCUCGCCGCUGCCCGCUCCGGGGCCGGACUGCGGGGGCCGGCGGCGCGCGCCGGGCACCGCCGGGCACCGCCGGGGACCGCCGGGCCGCGCGUCCAUCGAGCCGAAGGGGCCCGGAAGUGGUGGACUGCAGGGAUGGCCCCCGCGGGCCUGCUGCUGGCCGUGCUGGGCGCCGCGGUGCUGGCGCUGCUGCCCGGGAGCUCGGCGCUGCUGGCCAACCCGCGCUACAAGGGCCGCUUCCAGCGCGACCGCAGGAACAUCCGGCCCAACAUCAUCCUGGUACUCACGGACGAUCAGGACGUCGAGCUCGGGUCCAUGCAGGUGAUGAACAAGACCCGGCGCAUCAUGGAGCAGGGCGGGGCACACUUCAUCAACGCCUUUGUCACCACGCCCAUGUGCUGCCCCUCGCGCUCGUCCAUCCUCACCGGCAAGUACGUCCACAACCACAACACCUACACCAACAACGAGAACUGCUCCUCGCCCUCUUGGCAGGCACAGCACGAGAGCCGCACCUUUGCCGUGUACCUGAACAGCACAGGCUACCGGACAGCCUUCUUCGGGAAGUACCUCAAUGAGUACAACGGCUCGUACGUGCCGCGGGGCUGGAAGGAGUGGGUGGGACUCCUCAAGAACUCGCGCUUCUACAACUACACGCUGUGCCGCAACGGCGUCAAGGAGAAGCACGGCUCCGACUACCACAAGGACUACCUGACGGACCUCAUCACCAACGCCAGCGUGAGCUUCUUCCGCACGUCCAAGAAGAUGUACCCGCACCGGCCCGUGCUCAUGGUCAUCAGUCACGCGGCCCCCCACGGCCCCGAGGACUCUGCCCCCCAAUACUCGGACCAUUUCCCCAACGCCUCGCAGCACAUCACGCCGAGCUACAACUACGCCCCCAACCCCGACAAGCACUGGAUCAUGCGCUACACGGGGCCCAUGAAGCCCAUCCACAUGCAGUUCACCAACAUGUUGCAGCGCAAGCGCCUGCAGACGCUCCUGUCCGUGGACGACUCCAUGGAGCGGAUCUACAACGUGCUGGUGGAGACGGGGGAGCUGGACAACACCUACAUCGUCUACACCGCAGACCACGGCUACCACAUCGGCCAGUUUGGCCUGGUGAAGGGCAAGUCCAUGCCCUACGAGUUCGACAUCAGGGUCCCCUUCUAUGUGCGGGGCCCCAACGUGGAGGCCGGCUCACUGAACCCCCACAUCGUCCUCAACAUUGACCUGGCCCCCACCAUCCUGGACAUUGCGGGCCUGGACAUCCCCUCGGACAUGGACGGAAAAUCGGUCCUCAAGCUGCUGGACUCAGAGCGGCCUAUGAAUCGGUUUCACUUGAAGAAGAAGAUGCGUGUCUGGCGAGAUUCCUUCCUGGUGGAGCGGGGAAAGCUGCUUCACAAGAGGGUCGGGGACAAGGCAGAGACCCAGGAGGAAAACUUCCUGCCCAAGUACCAGCGCGUGAAGGACCUUUGCCAGCGGGCCGAAUUCCAGACAGCCUGCGAGCAGCUGGGCCAGAAGUGGCAGUGUGUGGAGGACGCGGCUGGGAGACUGAAGCUGCACAAAUGCAAAGGCGCAGCACGGCCGGGGGGCCGAGACCUGUCCAACCUGGUGCCCAGGUCCUUCGGGCCCGGCAGCGAGGCCUGUGCCUGCGAGACCAGCGACUACACGCUCGGCCUGGCCGGACGCCGGAAAAAGUUCUUCAAGAAGAAGUACAAGGCCAGCUACUCCCGCGGCCGCUCCAUCCGCUCCGUGGGCAGCAAUGGGGCCCUGGAGGACACGUCCCUGCCCCACAACCUCACCAAGCGCCACUGGCCGGGGGCCCCCGAGGACCAGGACGACAAGGACGGCGGGGACUUCAGUGGCACGGGUGGCCUCCCCGACUACUCGGCAUCCAACCCCAUUAAAGUGACACAUCGGUGCUACAUCCUGGAGAAUGACACGGUGCAGUGCGACCUGGACCUGUACAAGUCCCUGCAGGCCUGGAAGGACCAUAAGCUGCAUAUCGACCAUGAGAUUGAAACUCUGCAGAGCAAGAUUAAGAACCUCAGGGAAGUCCGCGGCCAUCUGAAGAAGAAGCGGCCAGAAGAAUGUGACUGCCACAAAGUCAGUUACCACAGUCAGCACAAAGGCUCUCUCAAGCACAAAGCCUCCAGCCUGCACCCUUUCAGGAAGGGGCUGCAGGAGAAGGACAAGGUGUGGCUGCUGCGGGAGCAGAAGCGCAAGAAGAAGCUCCGCAAGCUGCUCAAGCGCCUGCAGAACAACGACACGUGCAGCAUGCCCGGCCUCACGUGCUUCACGCACGACAACCAGCACUGGCAGACGGCGCCGCUCUGGACACUGGGACCCUUCUGCGCAUGCACCAGCGCCAACAACAACACCUACUGGUGCCUGCGGACCAUCAACGAGACCCACAACUUCCUCUUCUGUGAAUUUGCCACCGGCUUCCUGGAGUACUUCGACCUGAACACAGAUCCCUACCAGCUGAUGAACGCGGUGAGCACGCUGGACAGGGAUGUUCUCAACCAGCUGCACGUGCAGCUCAUGGAGCUGAGAAGCUGCAAAGGCUCCAAGCAGUGCAACCCCCGCACACGCAACAUGGACCUCGGUCUUAAAGAUGGAGGCAGCUAUGAGCAAUACAGGCAGUUUCAGCGUCGAAAGUGGCCAGAAAUGAAGAGACCUUCUUCCAAGUCACUGGGACAGCUGUGGGAAGGCUGGGAAGGUUAAGCACGAGGCGGCCCUGCAAAGGCAGGCACUGUCUGACCACAUGGUCAGGGGAAAAUUAUGAUUUCAAGCAAAGCAAUGCUGGCAGCCACAGGCCGGAGAGACCCUGCUUUCAGUCACCGUGGCAAACGCUGGAAGAGAACCCUCGGGAGUGCUGAGACCUCGGGAAGUCCGUUUUUGUCCCUGCUUUUGCUUUGGAUUAUACCUCACCAGCUGCACAAAAUGCAUUUUAUAUCAAAUCACCACUAACCCUCUAGAGGUUCACAGGGAAAAAAUAACUGAGAUUUUCUUAGAAAUUUCCCCCAAGGUGAGAGAGUCACUGGAUUUUUUUUUUUUUUUUUAAAUAUCUUCAGGGAAAAGCAGCCCUGUUUUAAAAUCUGCUUGUUCUUUUGGUUCACCACAAGGAAUCAGGACAGCAAAUGCAGAUGCUGGAAACCGCACGGGGGUUGAUGAGAACCAGUAAGCACAAAAGCAGUGACAUUUAUCAAGCACUGUGACCCUGAUGGCCUCUAAAGAAACUGACGUUGCUGUAAAUACCUGGUGAUUUCCAUGUCCCCACGUGGGAACCUGUAGGGGAAUCUGACUAAUGAGAAAUCCGGAGUUCAAGAGUAGUGGUGUCAAUAAAUGCUCCGGGCCCGUAUCAAAGCAAGCAGGUGUGGCCGUUUCUGUUCCUCCCAGGCGGACACUGGUCCUGGUACCUGUUCUGUCUGUCCCACAAUUGUACGGAAAAGAAAGGAAGUCUGUUGUCGAGCAG